AAGUAGAAAACUCAAUAAACGAAAAAUCAUUUAUAUAUUUUUUUGAGAAAGGUAAAUACUCCAUUAGAAAUCCCAGUCAGCUCCAUCUUCUUCUUCUUCUCAUUGUAUACAAAAAUCCCUGCAAAUUCCUCGAUGCUUACCACAGAAAUCGAGAUCUACAAAUCCGCCUCAACGCGUUGCUGAGAUCAAAAUCAAAUCGCUGAGAUCAAAAUCGAAUCGCAUGGCGCAAUACACGCAGCAGUUCCUCAACAGCGUGCUCUCGCAGCGGGGGCCGGCGGCGCUGCCGUACGCGGAGGACAUGAAGUGGCACAUCCGGCAGCACCUGAUGCAGCUGGUGGAGGCCUACCCCUCCCUGCAGCCGAAGACCGCCGUCUUCACCCACAACGACGGCCGCACCGUCAACCUCCUCCAGGCCGACGGCACCGUCCCCAUGUCCUUCCAGGGCGUCACCUACAACAUCCCCGUCAUCAUCUGGCUCAUGGAGUCCUACCCCCGCCACGCCCCCCUCGUCUUCGUCAACCCCACGCGCGACAUGAUCAUCAAGCGCCCCCACCCCUUCGUCUCCCCCAACGGCGUCGUCUCCAUCCCCUACGUCCACUCCUGGCUCUUCCCCUCCUCCAAUCUAGUCGAAUUGGCGAGGAAUCUCGGCCACUUCUUCGCCCGCGAUCCGCCGCUCUAUUCGCAGCGCAAGCCGUCCAGUCCGAACCCUAACCCCAACCCCAGCCCUAGCCCUAAUUUGAAUUCCGCCUACGGCAGCAUGAAUUCGUCCCCCGCGGCGCGGCCGGCGAUACCGCCGAGGGAGUAUUCGCCCUCGCCGACCCCGCCGCCGCCGUACGGGAGCGGCAGGAUGGAGGAUCCGGCGGAGGUGUACAGGAAGAACGCGAUCAACAGGCUCGUGGAGAAUUUGAACGGCGAUAUUAGGGAGAUGAGGAAGGGGAGCGAGGGGCAGAUGGAAGGCAUGUUCGGCGCGCAGGCGGUGCUGCGGCGGCGCGAGGAGGAGCUGAGGAAAGGGGUGAAGGAGAUGCAGGAUGAGAAGGAAGCGCUGGAGCAGCAGCUGCAGAUGGUUUUGAUGAACGCCGAUGUUCUGGAAGGAUGGUUGAGGGAUAACGAAGGGAAAUUGGACGGCAAUAAGGUUGAGAAUGUCGAUUUAGACGAGGCGUUCGAGCCGUGUGAUGCAUUGUCGAAGCAGAUGAUGGAUUGCACGGCGUCGGAUAUGGCGGUGGAGGAUACCAUAUAUGCAUUGGAUAAGGCCGUGCAAGAAGGGGCGAUACCGUUUGAUCAGUACUUGAGGAAUGUGAGGCUUUUAUCGCGUGAGCAGUUCUUUCAUCGCGCCACAGCUUCGAAGGUCAGGGCUGUCCAAAUGCAGGCUCAGGUUGCUAGUAUGGCUUCAAGGGCGUCGCCGCAAUAUGCUUUCUGAUGAGGUCUGCUCUAUCAGUUCAGGUAUGGUGAUGGUGAAAUGGCUAGAUGAAUCAAUCUUUUUUACACUGUGGUAAAUUGGUAAUGUCAGUUCAUGUAUACAUCUGACUGCAUUUGACUGCUCAAUUUGAUGUUGGUAGAAAGCAGAGAUUGCGUUGGUCUGUAUUUACGAGACACGGGCAAUAAUUUCAAUGUGCAGCUUAAACAAACUGAUAUACUAUACAAUAUAUUCAUGCAUUUUUUGUAGGGUUGCUUUUA